AUUUUGGAGUUAGCGUAAAUUGGUCGUUUCUCUGCGAGCACACAUCAGCGCGCGUUAUCAGUGACAGUUAAUUCGUGUACGUGCGUAGUAUCGCAGUGUUUCGUGGAACAAAGAGCAUAGACGUUCAAUCGUAUGUCCAUCCAGAAUCUGAACACAUUCGACCCAUUCGCCGAUGCUAUCAAAAGCUCGGAAGACGACGUUCAAGAUGGUCUAGUCCACGUCCGAAUCCAGCAGCGGAACGGGCGUAAGACGCUGACAACGGUGCAGGGCCUCUCGUCGGAAUAUGACCUGAAGAAGAUUGUGCGGGCAUGCAAGAAGGAGUUCGCGUGCAACGGAACCGUCGUGGAGCACCCGGAGUACGGCGAGGUGCUGCAGCUUCAGGGCGACCAGCGCGAGAACAUUUGCCAGUGGCUGACUAAGUCCGGCCUUGUGAAGCCCGAGCAGCUCAAGGUGCACGGCUUCUGAGUCUGCGCUCGCACACACGUAACAUGUACACCGUUCAUAGUCUUCUUAUAUUAUGAGAGCGUGCGCGUUAUUGUAAACCCUAUCGAAUAUGUAUUUAGAAAGCACAGACGUUUACAGAGAAGAGAUUACGCGGCCGCAUAGGCCUUCCGCGCCCUGUGCCUUGCGACUCCCA